AUGAAUUCGAAGUUAGGAGACACAAGUCUAAGUCAAAACCAAAAUGAUCAGCAUGGGAAUACAAAGUCGACAACUCUGGAAGUAAUUGAAGUGGAAAGCUCAUCACAAUUCUCAUUUGGAGUCAAACCAUCGGACACAAUCCCAAGCAAUGGAGGACAACAAAGACCAGGCAGGAACUUCAAGCAGCAGACAAUAAUUCACCAAGAAAAAAUCCGCGUGAGGGUGGAACUCAAGCAGAGUAGGGGGAACUUGGAAUCCCAACAGCAGGUUGAACGAAAUAAGAGUAAUGAGAAAAACAAAGGUCAAGUUCCUUUAUCUGAUCAUGGAGGGAACUCUGAACCCAAUAAUUAUCAUAGAGAGUUUCCUAAAAUUUCUAGUAAUUUUGAUAGACACACGACUUACAACCAAAAAUAUCAGCAAAUUAAUCCUCCAAACCAAUCCAAUGGCCCCAGCAAUACCAAUGAGAACCAGAAAACCAAACAGGACCAGCGUACAGAACCUGCCCCUUAUACUGUGGUACAAACACUGGCUGCAAGACUUAGACAAAUCCAUGUUACACAAGCUACCUCCAUAGAGCUGGUUCCACCCAGACAUACUACCAAGCAAGGCCAACCUGCAGUGAUCUACGACAUGGAUGACUUCAUGAACAAAUUGGCUGUGGAUUGUAAGUACACCCUUAUAGGUAAAUUCAGUACCACCAUGCCGAAAAUAGAACUCAUAAGGAAAAGCUUCAUCCUACAAACUCAGCUGAAUGGGGGGGUCAAUAUUGCCCACUAUAAUGCUAGGCAUGUGUUUAUCGUCUUGGACAAUGAAUUGGACUAUAACACUGUAUGGACACAACAAAGAAUGACUAUUGAGGGCAAACUUAUGAGAAUACAAGCUUGGACUCAUAAUUUUAGACCUGAGGAGGAAACACCCAUUGUUCCUAUAUGGGUUCUCCUACCAGGAUUGCCUUGGCACUGCUUCAAAAAAGAGUUCAUCACACCCCUGCUUGAAUCUGUGAGCAAGGUCCUAUACUUAGAUACAACUUCCAUCAAGAGAACCAGGGCUAGCAUGGCCAAGGUUAAAGUCCAAGUGGACCUUACAAAGACUAGACCUAGACAUGUUUGGAUUGGAUUGGAUGAUGAAGACCUCACCAUUGGAAGAUGGCAACCUAUCGAAUAUGAAAAUAUCCCACCCUACUGUACUUACUGCAAACAUCAGGGUCACAUAAUAGAUGAUUGUAACUUCAAAAUAAGGGAUGAGGAUUUCAAACGAAGGAAAGAAUUGGGAACAGAAAUGAAAAGCUUGCAGGAAGGAGAGCAAAGGCAACAAAGAAAUGAACACAAGCAAAUGAAGACAAAGGAUCAAGAGGAGCAGCAACACCAAAACUCUAAGGAAAAGAAUAAUCAACAACAAACUGAGCAACAAACGGAAGGAGAAUGGCAAGUGCCAAGAAGAAAAAACAAUAAGCAGCAGGAGGAAAGAAUGCAGAAGACAAUGUGGAGACCAACCUCACCAAAAAGCAAAAUGUCAAAAGAACAACCACAAAUCACAACUCAGCUAACAGGUACAGGUAACACCUCUAAUCAUAACUAUUUUACUAAUCUUACCGUGCAGGAGAAACUCAAUGAAGAUAUCCAGGAGCACAAUAGUAAAGAAGAGGCAACAACCCAGAGACUACAAAGAAGGUCUAAAGCAGACCAUAACCAAAGAAUUGAAGUCCAGCAAGUACGAAACAAAACAAACAACAAAAGCACAGGUAUUGACUCAAUGCUCCCAACCCCCACAGACCCCAAUAAUUCUCAUCUUGAUAAUGUUGUUGAAGUGGAAGGAGGGAUGGAUGAGGGAUGUCAAGAGAAACAAACUAACUUGCAGGAAGGGGUGUCCAAGGGGGGGAAUUUGACUCAUGUUAUGCAUGAGGGGUUUCACAUUGACCAUAGGAAUGACCUUAGAACCCCUGCUACCACUAGUCAACAACAGAGUCCAAAUCAACAGCAGGUACAACAACAGAACAGAUCAGAAAAGGAGAAGCAAAACACCAACAAAAAUAGCAAAAACAAAAGCCACAUUGAGACAGGAAAUACAACUACACAAAGCAAGGGAGCUAUGGCAAAAAAUAUGGGAUCAAAGGCUAGUACCAGCAAUCAGGAGCAGAUCACCAAAAGCAAGAACAAACCUAGCAAAAAAAGGAGAGAAGCUGAAAAAAAGAGACAAAAUCAACAGCAGGAUAAAAAUGAAUAG